AUGGGAUUGGAUAAAAGUGAGAGUUUUCUUGACGUUCAAGAAUAUUUAAAUUCAAUUGAUAAUAAAAUGUUAGAUGUUGAUUAUAUAGUUUCUCAGCUCACUGAGGAUGAGAAAUGUCGAUUAUUGGCUGCGGAAGAUUGGUGGCAUACUAUUAAGAUUCCGAGAUUGGAUGUGCCUGCCAUUAGGUUUUCAGAUGGGCCCAAUGGUGUGAGAGGACAGCGUCAUUUCAAUAGUACCAAGACAACAUGCUUUCCUGCUGCCACUGGACUUGCUGCCACAUGGAAUAAAGAAUUGUUAUUUCAAGUUGGUGAAUUAUUGAGUGAAGAAUGUAAAUUGAAAGGUGCCAGAUUAUUAUUAGGACCAACCGUCAAUAUGGCCCGUUCCCCAUUAGGUGGUAGAGCUUUUGAAUCCUUUUCAGAAGAUCCUGUGUUAUCGGGGUUAUUAGCUUCGGAAUAUAUUAAUGGAGUUCAAAAACAUGGGGUAGCUUGUGCGUUGAAACAUUUGGUUUGUAAUGAUCAAGAAUUGGAAAGAAAUUCACAAGAUUCUAUUUUGAAUCCCAGAACUUUGAGAGAAGUGUAUUUAUUGCCCUUUCAAUUGGCUAUAAAAAAUUCCAAACCUUUAUCCAUCAUGACAAGUUAUAAUAAAGUGAACGGAGUUCAUUGUUCUGAAGACAAAGACUUGUUACAAGGUAUUGUAAGAGAUGAAUGGGGGUUUGAAGGAUUGAUUUUGUCAGAUUGGUUGGGAACCUAUUCUGUAGCCGAAUCUAUCAAAGCUGGUUUGGAUUUAGAAUGCCCCGGUCCAAGUAUGUAUAGACACAAGAUGUUAGCCCUGGCCAUUGCUUCUAAGAAAGUUGAUAUUUGGGAAGUUGACGAGAGAUGUAAGGCUGUAUUGAAAUUAAUUAACGAUACCCAACUGAGUGGUAUUGGUGAAUAUCAAGAAGAAAAGACUCGUGAUUUUGAACAAGAUAAACCAUUUUUGAGAAAUUUAGUGGCUGAAGGAGUAGUUUUAUUAAAGAAUGAAAAAGCUGAAUUACCUUUAGCUCAGAAAAAGAAGACAGCUGUCAUUGGCUUUAAUGCUGCUUAUGCUGCCUAUGCUGGUGGUGGUUCAUCUUUAUGUAGACCUUACUACAAAGUAUCACCAUUAGAGCUGAUUCAAGAAAAAUUAGGUAAAGAAAAUGUGUUUUACGAAGCUGGUGCUUAUUCUUUCAAAUUUUUGCCAAGUUUAGGAAAUUCAUUAAAACUUCCCAAUGGUAAUACCGGAGCUACUUUAAAAGUUUAUAACUAUCCUCCAGACUUUAAAGGCGAUAGAGAUUUGGUUGAUGAAUUGAUAAUGGAUGAUAUUGGGUAUUUCAGAAUGAAUGAUUAUUUUAAUGACAAAUUGCACAGUAGAUCCAAAUUUUAUGUGGAUAUUGAAUCAACAUUUAUUCCUGAAUUUACCGGAGAAUACUUAUUAGGUAUAGCUGUUCAUGGUACUGCUAAAUUAUUCAUUGACGGAGAACUCAUCAUUGACAAUGCCACCAAUCAAAAACAUGGAACGGCAUUCUAUGGUCAAGGAGCUUCAGAAGUUAGAUCAUCUUUCAAUGUAGUUGCCGGGAAAAAGUAUUCUUAUCAUAUUGAAUUUGGAGCUGCUGAUACUUCAAGUUUAGUACAUGAAGGACCACCAAUUGGUGGGGGUGGAGGUUUGAUUUGUGGUGGUAUUCUUAAUAUCGAUCCUCAACAAGCAAUUGAUAGGGCCGUCAACUUAGCAAAGCAAUGUGAACAAGUUAUAGUUGUUACUGGUUUGAAUAAAGAAUGGGAAAGUGAAGGUGCUGACCGUGUUAAUAUGUCAUUACCACCACAUAAUGAUGAAUUGAUACAAUCCGUAUUAAAAGCUAAACCCGAUGCUGUAAUUGUAGUUCAAUCAGGAAGUCCUGUAGAUAUGAGUUCUUGGGUGGAUGAUUGCCGUAAUUUGUUACAUAUUUCUUACGGAGGUAAUGAAAACGGUAAUGGGUUAGCCGAUGUCAUUUUCGGGGAUGUAAAUCCUAGUGGAAGAUUACCUUUAACCAUUCCUAGACGUCUUGAAGAUAAUCCUUCAUAUAUCAAUUUUGGAGCUCAAAGAGGAAAAGUUUACUAUGGUGAAGGAGUUUAUAUCGGUUAUAGAUAUUACGAGAAAGUUAAAAGAUCGGUUUUAUUCCCAUUUGGAUAUGGUUUAUCCUACACUUCAUUCGAAUACAAUGAUUUGCAAGUCAAACACGUUGACGAGGUAGGGGAAAAUUUCAUUGAAGUGAGUGUCAAGGUGAAAAAUACCGGGAAUAUUGAUGGAUCAGAAGUUGUGCAAGUUUACGUAAGCCAAAUUGAUUCGACAGUUCAAAGACCCAUCAAGGAAUUAAAAGAUUUCGAUAAAAAAUUCAUUAAAAGUGGUGCAACUGAAACCCUCACUUGUAAAAUUCCAUUAAAAUAUGCGACCUCAUUUUGGGAUGAAGAAAGACAUAGUUGGAUUAGUGAAAAAGGAGAAUAUGAAGUUUUGGUGGGAGGAUCUAGUGAUGCAGAGUUUUUAACCCAGAAAUUCCAGACCGGUUCCACCUUCUUUUGGAAAGGAUUAUAA